AUGUCUGUCGAGGUGAUCAAGACCAUCUCCCCAAACACCAACGAGGUGGUCAUCACUCGCAAUGGCGCCUCGGCUGCCGAUCUGGAGCUGCUACCCAAGGUCGCCACCGAAGCCUUUCUGGAAUUCCGUAAAACGACGCUCAAGGACAGGCAAGACAUUGUCCGCAAGUUUCUCGACGCAUUGGACAAGAACAAGGACGACCUUGCCCUGGAACUGACCACUCAGAUGGGCCGGCCCAUCGCUUAUACGGCGAAAGAAGUCACAACGGCUAUCAAAAGGGCGGAGUACCUCCUUAAGCUCAGCAACGAGGUCUUACAGGACGUCGAGGGUGAGCCCGAGAAAGGGUUCAAGCGUUUCAUCCGGAGAGCACCCGUCGGCCCUGUUCUCAUCAUCUUUGCCUGGAAUUAUCCUUAUUUGAUCCUCGUCAAUGCACUGAUUCCAGCAAUCUUGGCCGGAAACAGCGUGAUUUUGAAGCCGUCGCCGCAGACGCCGACUAUUGUAGAACAAGUGGCGAAGCUCUUCUCAGAGGCCGGCCUACCCAACGGCGUUCUGCAAUAUUUCCACUGCGGAUCUCCUAGUCUCAUGGAACCUAUUGUUCGAGACCCAAGGAUUUCGCUGAUCUGUUUCACGGGAUCCGUUGCUGGCGGCCUUGCCGUGCAACAAGCUGCCGCGGACAGAAUCGUCAAUGUGACCCUCGAGCUGGGCGGCAAGGAUCCUGCAUACAUCAGAGACGAUGUAGACAUCGAUUGGGCCGCCGAAGAGAUUGUCGAUGGCGCCAUCUUCAACUCUGGCCAAAGCUGCUGCUCCAUUGAACGGGUCUAUGUGCAUGAAAAGGUGCACGAUGACUUUGUGGCGGCCGUUCAGAAGGUGCUCAAGGGAUACAAGCUCGGAGACCCCUUUGACAAAUCGACCCAUAUUGGACCAGUCGUCUCCAAGCGCUCCAAGGAAACAAUAGAGUCGCACAUCCAGGACGCCUUGAAGAAGGGAGCCAAGGAUGUUACGCCGGAAAACGAAAGCUUCCAAAACCCUCCGCCCAAGGGCAACUUUGUGAAACCCACCCUAUUGACUGGUGUGGAUCACACAAUGACGGUCAUGACGGAAGAGACAUUUGGGCCUGUGAUUCCGGUGAUGAAGGUCAAGGGCGACGACGAGGCCGUGAAGCUGAUGAACGAUAGCGAGUUUGGACUCACGGCUAGCAUCUGGACCAAGGAUACUGAUCGAGGCUACGAGCUCUGUGAGCAGGUUGACGCCGGCACUGUCUUUGUCAACCGCUGCGAUUACCCCAGUCCGGACCUCGCCUGGACGGGAUGGAAGAACUCGGGCAGAGGUCAGACUCUUGGCAGAUUUGGCUUCGACGCUUUCGUCAAGUCUAAGAGCUUUCACAUCAAGGACCAUCCCAAAUAA